CGUCGUGUGGUCUGGUGCGGACCAACCUAACGUGAUUUGUGCUCUGUAAGGCAGCUGACAUGUAACAAAUUCAGCUUUAGUAUCAAAAAUUGGAGCCGUCGUCCGAAACGACGUGGCUAAAAUGGAGUUACACGACGAUAAUUCCGCUGUUAAGGAUCGCAUCUUGGAAGACAUCAGGAAGGCGAUCAAGUUGCUCCACCAGCAGGAGGUGCAGCAGCUGAAGCGGGACGCGGCAAGCUGCGCGCCGUGCCCUGCGAGUGCUGCGCUGGUGAGCCACCUGGACGCCGGUCUGCGGCACGGCCUGCGCGAGCAACGCCCCGGGUACUGGCCGCUCGUCGCGGACGUCUCGCACUCGGAAACCCGGCGCACUCUGGCCGGCAUCUCCUCGCCUUCAUCCAGGGGGAAGGCGUGGGUGCAGCUGGCCGUGUCGGAGGGCUCGCUGCGCAGCCACCUGCAGUGCGCGCUGUCGGACCGCGAGGCGCUGGCGCGCCACUACGGGGACCGCGCACUGCUGCGCGACCACGCGCGCUCGCAGCUGCUGCUGCAGCUGGUCGGGGUCGCGGACGCCGUCGCCGGGGGGCUGCUGCGACAGCAGGCACUGGAAUUGCGAAAACCGGCAGAAGAGGAAUCUGGGAAAAGCACUCCGGGAGCAGGUGCGACGGGCCCCGACCCUCUGAUGAUGGCGUCGGUCACGUCGUCGCUGGCAUCGCCUGUAGACUCCGGGGUCGCCCUGCUGGAUAGCGACAGCGAAGCGACCACGGCCAACGGGGAGCCGGACGACGGGUCGAGUCUGCGGGAGGUGGAAGCCGCAUUCCACGACACGGAGGGCACCACACCUACGCCGUCUCCGGCCUGCCCGCCGCCGGUCGCCGUCGUGGAGAGCUGCGGCUCGCCUGCCGCGGAGACUCCUGUCGGCAGCGAAGGCUCGUGCGACGCGUUCGUGUACCCGAACUCGGACCCCGAAAACGUGCAGGACGCCGUGGAGAGACAGGUGCUGAACGAGAUCGCGCGACGCUUCAAGGAGAGCAACUCCCCCAGGAGAAAGGUGGACAGUAGCACAAAAGCUGGUACAAACCAACCUGCUGACACAAAUAAGAUGAGCGAGCCUAUCAUUACGAUGUGCAACGAAAAGAAGUACCAAAUGGAGGAAAAGUGUGAUCUUAUGAACAAGGAAGCCAGCGUAAUGUGCGACAGUGAAGCCAAGAACAAUGAGAAGAACCGCAUCUACCACUCACCAGAUAACAAGCAGCUAGAAGCGGCAGUUGGCGACACGGACGGCAUCGUCUUCCGGAGGCACCGCCGCCGCCGCAAGGGCAACGGCGACCCGGCGACCCCGAAACGCGUCUCCUUCCAUGGGGACGUGGGUGUGGGCGGGGCGACUGCCACGCACGCGCAGGGGCAGCAGUUCUCGGCGAGCUUCAUGCCUGCCCACCCCGUCGUCAAGAAGGACGUCGUGCCCGGCAGGUACAGCUGGUGCGCCGAAGGCGACGCACCGUUUGUGGAGCGCCGAGACGGGGGAGCGGGAGGCACUCGCUCCGACGUGCUGCUGGCGUCUUCCACGUCUUCUGUGGCGACGACUGAUACGACCGGGACAGAAGGUGCAAAAGAUGCGGAGGUCAGGGCCUCGACUGACAGCCUCGAGGUGUCGGAGGAGCGCGGCAUCCCCGAGGGGCGGGAAGACCCCCCCAGGCCGGCGGGGACGGACCGUGGCGGCUACCGGCCCUCUGGCAGUGGUGUCGCCAGCUGCGGCGCCCUGACGGCAGGAGCCGACGACAGUGCAAUAGCGGCAGCAGCCGCCGCCGCCGGGUCUAGGGGAGGAUGCUUUGUACUCAGCGCCUCUCUUGCAAAAUUUGCCUCCAUGGCUUCUUCCAUAGACUACUGGUCAUCAGACGAAGCGGACGGUGACGAGUCUGCCCUCACGGACAAGCGCCAGUCUGUACUCUCUGUCGCGUCGUCAGCUCCGAGUCUGAAAGCUCGCAUAAGCCAACGGCGGCUGACAGCUCUCUCGCAGAAGCCGUCAAAAGCUCCUCUCCUCCAGAGGGCGGUCGCCCUCGCGGCCGCCGACGCGACGUUCGCCGCGGAAAUGCGCCAGCUUGCCGCGCAGAAGAUUUCUGCCGCAGCUGCCGAGGCGGACUGCGGGCCUCCCGGCGAUGUGGAGCUGGACCGUGAAAUUGCACAGAAAGCGUUCUCUGCGACUGUCUUCUGUCGGCCUACUGAGACACUGUACAAGGUGUACAAGGUGAGCAGCUCCUACUGGUCCCCGGACGGGGCAGGCCCCCGCCCGCUGCUGCUGCUGCUCACCGACUGGGGCGUCUACGUGUGCGGCCUCAGAGCCAACCUGACCUACUGUGCCGUGCUUGCUCUCGCCUACAGGGACUUGCACACUGUCAUUGCGGGCCCGCGGCUGCAGACGUUGAUCCUGGUUCCGGAUCCCGUGACACACCCACUGCCGCCACUGGCCCUGGCGACGCCAGACGGCGACUGCGCACGCUCGCUGCUCUGCCACCUGGACGUGGCGGCGCGCCGGGCGUCCGCCUCGCAGAAGGUCCCCGGCGGCCCCAGGGCGCGGCUGCUGCUCCCGGUGCGGGGCGGACCGACGGCUCCGGCAGUCGCGGAGGUGUCGGCGGACGACAUGGCGCGCCUCAAGGCACAGCUGGACGUGGAGGAGAUGGUGCACUACGCACUGGUGCGCGUCCAGGACGAGCAGCUGAGCCCGCCCUCGACCCCGCUGGGUCCGCAGCGACAGGGAUACCUGAUGGCGCGCGCCUCCGAGGAUGAGCCGUGGCGCCCCGCCUUCUUCAUACUCAAGGCGGGCGUGCUGUACCAGUUUGCGGACCAGGCGCAGCGCCUGCCUCUGAGCGCCCUCCUGCUGGGGGGUGGGCACUGCCUGGGGGCGCGCCGUAUCGCCGUCGCCCACGCGCGCCCCCACUCCUUCGAGCUGUGCACCGCGGCCGACGGGGACGGCUCCGGUGCGGCGGUGGAGGGCCGCGACAGGCGCGUGCUGCAGAUGGCGGCCGCCGACGAGUACGAGGCCUCGGAGUGGCUGCAGGCGCUGGUCCAGGCUGCGUCUGGGCUGUACGAGGUGGAGCGGGCGGAGACGGUGCCGUGCUCGGUCGUACUGACGCCGACGUCGGUGCUCACGUGCCGCGAGCACUGGUGGCCGCGCUGGGUGGGCGUCGGCAGCCCCGGGGGCGGCGCGGAGGGGCGGCGCGGGCGGGCGGAGACCCUCGCCCGGGCGCCGCUCGCCGACAUCACGUCCGUCACGGUCGCCACCGACAGUGACAGCUGGUGCAUCCUGGAGUUCUCGUGCCGCGAGGUGCACGCCACGAGCGGAGACUGGGUGCUGUACUUCGCGUCGCCGCGCGAGAUGAUCGCCUUCAGGGAGGCCCUGCGCACGCUCUGGCCUUCCGUGUCGAAGAGAGAGUUCCCGCUGCGCGGCCGGCUGGAGGAAGGUCUGCACCGGCGCUGCGUGGAGACGGCCCUGCAACUCGCUGCCGCCUGGGACCAGCUGCUGCCACUCGGCUAGCUGCGGAUGAAUGCUGGGCAUUGGAAGGGUGUCUCUCUGUAAUGUGGACAGGUGUGGCGCAGAACAGAUGGUUGAGGAGCGGGAGUGUCUGCCAAAAAGUGGGCCUCGGCCACUCCCCAGCUCUUCUGAUCGCAUUCCUGACCUUUUUCGCUACAGUUCCUGAGAUUUGCCUCUUCUCUUCUGACCACGUAUCAAUAGUGCUAUGCCAGUUAGCAGGAAAACAACUCUGCAGCCGACAAAAUCGGUAAUCCUAAAAGGAAAAGGGUAUACUACAAUACUAGCCAGAGCCUUAUCUGUGACGUUUCGUCUUCUGCUCUGUAUAUAAGAUAUCUCAAAAUCUACUGUUUCUUUCUCUCAUGUUAAAAUUCUUAUUUAGACACUCUGUGCUCAUUCCCUACUGUUAUCUUAUUGUCAUUGUUAGUAACUAUAUGCAUGAAAUUAACUAGGAUUAAUCGUGUAUGUAAAAUUCAUCGAAAGUAUUGUACGUACUUGUUACCGGCCAUUCUCAAAGCAGUGCAAACCAGAGUCAGUGCUAUUGACAGGACUCAAAUAUGUAUGUCCCAUCAGUCUGAGCUUCUCGAACCAGAGUCUACUUUUACAGGAGUACAAUACAUUUGACCAGGGUGAGUACAAUACGACAAAUUAUAAAGAAACUCAUAAAGGUUGGGAUC